CAAACAUAAUAGAUGAGUUGACAACGAUGGCACUUCAAACAUCACUCCGAGUGCGAAGAGCUUGCAUACUAAAAUCUCCAAGACAAAGAAUGAUUGGACCACGUUUAUUGAGCAAAUUUGUUGGCUAUCUCCGCAUUCCCCAACACUCAAAAGGAGGGAAACUUCUUCUACUUUAUUCGGUUAGAGGAAGGGGAUUUUUUAUCAAUAAAUUUCAUGCGUGAGGAAAACCAACUCUGCGUUGACCACUGAAUAUCAGCUUUAUCGUGCCCUCUCAAAUUCCGAGCAUUCCAACAAUGGCUUCUCCGUCGCAAAUCACUGUACUGGCAACCACUAUCUCCGAAUCAACUGCAAUUUUAAAUGAGUAUUUCCUAUCGAACAAUCUCCCCAUGCCAUCAUUCGACAUCUCUGGUCCUCCACAAAUACUCAUUCCAUUUCAUGAGAAGCGCGUUGCUGCCGCAUAUGCAGAGGUUCUGAGAGCAACCAUGGAGCUUCACCACCUCAUAUUAGGGCCUACAGCAAUGUUGAUGAGCACAUCGGUGUGUGGAAAUUCACGUUCUAUCGCAGCCAUACUCUGAGCUGAAAGCAACUAGGCGAUGGAUAGUGUGAGCUUACAAUUCAUAUAUGCGUAUGACAUGGCCAAUGCUUUCCCAAUAGAUGAGGAAGCCACGUUUGAGCAGAUAUCUAAAAAAUGUGGCUUGAAUUUGAUUGAUACUAAGAGGGUUCUGGGCUACGCAAUGACAAACCAUAUUUUCAAAGAGAUCCAGCCGGGAGUGGUAGCUCAUACUGCGGCGUCCAAACUUUUGGCCACCGAUCCUAUGUUGACAGACUAUGUUGGAAUUGUUGUUGAGGAACGAUUUCAGGCUGCUGCACAUGUAAUGCUGCAAGCCCAAUUGAUACCCAGAGUUUCCCCACUGAUCAUGAUAUAGACGGUCGAGGCAGUACAAAAAUUUGGAUGUGCUAAAGAACCCAACCAGACAGUAAGGAUAUCAUAACUUUUCCACUAGAUCCUAGCAUAUCCCAAAAUGCUUCUUUAAGAUACUUUCCCUGCUGUGAACUAUACUCACAUGUUUAAUAUCUCAGGGAUACAGCAUUGGUCAUCGAACCACCAAAGGUUUCUACGAAGAAUUGAGCGCUCAUCCAUCUCGAAGUAAGCGUUUCGCCAAAGCAAUGAGCGCCUUUACCUCCAGAACCGAAGUUUCCUACUUGUUUGAAAGCUACGACUGGAGUGGUCUUGAGUCCGCUACCAUAGUUGAUGUUGGCGGAGGGUAUGGUCCUAUCAGCAUCAGCCUGGCGACUAAGUUUCCCGCUUUAAAUUUCAUUGUGCAAGAUUUGCCUGGUGCAAUUGCAGAUGGGCCAGCAUACGUGCCAGCCGAUAUUUCAGAUCAUAUAUCUUUCAUGGCUUAUGACAUGUUCACUCCACAGACUAUCCGGAACAUCGAUGUAAUAUUCUUCCGUGCUGUGUUCCAUAACUGGACAGAUCAUUAUUGCGUCAAAAUCUUGAGAAAUCAGAUACCAGCAUUGAAGAAAGGAUCAAGGUUACUCAUCGUGGAACCGUUACUGGUGGAAUCUGGGAAACUUCCAUGGCAUGAGGAGAGAAGGUUGCGGUGGGUUGACUUACAUACUUUGAAGAUGAGAUACUGACGGAAAGUUAUUGAAGUACGAUGAAUUUGAAUAUGCUUUCAUAUUUUGGCUCUCGUGAGAAAUCUAUGGAAGAUUGGAGAGAUAUUUUCCGAGAUGCAGAUGAGCGGUUUGAAGUUAAGAAUGCUGUCAAGUUGGGGGAUUCUUUGACUUCUCUCCUGGAAGUCUUGUGGAAAGGGGAAUAAUCUUCGUUAUGGUUUCACCAAUAUGGAAUCCUUACGAUGGCAGGCAGUUCUGCAGGUCAUAGGGUUCGCGACAAACAAUGAUCUUUGCUAGACCACAGUGCGUGGCUUGAAAUUCUGUCCGAGUCGCUUGGGUGUUUCGGUUGGCGAAAUCCAAAUGAUAUUGUAAAAUUACAUCCAACAACAAAUUCGUAUCAGUUGCCCAAUGCCGUUUGCUUUUGCAUGUCAGUAUUUUGAAGGGCCCGCAAAGUCAAGUUACGUCAACCUGACCAUCUACCUAUUCAAGCCAUAAGAAGGGUUAUAUAUAAUCUUACAUAUAAUCUUACAUGAUACUGACGAGUAUGGACAAUCCGAGGAUCCGAAAAGAAUAUUUGAUUAGAGAAAUGGGAAGUGAAAUCGACAGAUGGAGAGAAACAAUCUGACGAGGUUGAAACGUUUAAAGAAUAUUUUGGAGUGGAAGUUUAUUCUAUUGAUACCUAUUUGAUAGGAUAGAUGUUUGAAAUGUGUAUAUGCACAUGUCUCCAUCCAGGGAAUAUUCAUAUGCUUGUGAUUCAGUGUACUCUUCUCAAUGUAAAUUUGACUACUCUUUGGUACAUUGGGGAGGCUCGAAAGUAAUAGUCGAGGUAAGGUUGAAAGAG